CUUCAGCCUGGGAGAGAGAAAGCAGGACAGCAGGUCUCUUGGUGUACAGGGCUGAACUGGUACCAACAAACCAUGGUGCAAUACCGGGCAUUGGUGAUAGCUCUGAUUCUGCUCCUUAGCACCACUGUCCCUGAAGUGCACUCAAAGUCCAUCUUUGAGAGAGACCGUCGUGACUGGCUGGUCAUUCCUGAUGCAGUUGCAGCUUAUAUCUACGAAGCUGUGAACAAGAUGUCCCCUAGAGCUGGUCAGUUCUUGGUGGAUGUUUCCCAGACUACAGUCGUUUCUGGGACCAGGAACUUCCUCAUCAGAGAAACAACUAGACUCACUAUACUGGCAGAACAGCUGAUGGAAAAAAUAAAGAACCUGUGGUACACAAAAGUACUAGGCUACUAGUUGGAAGAAAAGUCAGUGUUCCCUUAAGUGAGUGGGUAGC